CGCACCGCUUCUUCUGGCAUUGUCAAGCUCAUUUCCGCUUCUCGCUGUUCGGUCUCUUUUCAUUGUCGAAUUUUGACAAAGUAACACGCAUAGUGGACGAGCUAAGGUGCUAGCGUCCGCCCGGCAACAUGGUAAACCAUCGUAUCCCGUCGGUCUUCUCCAAGACCUAUGUGACCCCGCGUCGUCCGUUCGAAAAACCCCGUCUCGAUGCGGAAUUGAAAAUCAUCGGCCAGUACGGUCUGCGAAACAAGCGUGAGGUCUGGCGUGUCAAGUACACCCUGGCCAAGAUCCGUAAGGCUGCCCGUGAGCUGCUCACCCUCGAGGAGAAGGACGAGAAGCGUCUAUUCCAGGGUAACGCUCUCCUGCGUCGUCUGGUCCGUAUCGGAGUGUUGGAUGAAUCCCGCAUGAAGCUCGAUUACGUUCUCGGUCUAAAGAUUGAGGAUUUCCUGGAACGUCGUCUGCAGACUCAGGUGUUCAAGCUGGGAUUGGCCAAGUCCUACCAUCACGCUCGCGUUCUGAUCCGUCAGAGACACAUCCGCGUCCGCAAGCAGGUCGUGAACAUUCCGUCGUUCGUCGUCCGUUUGGAUUCUCAGAAGCAUAUCGACUUCUCGCUCAAGUCGCCCUUCGGUGGUGGCCGUCCUGGUCGCGUCAAGAGGAAGAACAUGAAGAAGGGACAAAGCAGCGGCGGAGGUGCCGACGAAGAGGAAGAAGAUUAAGUCACACGCUUGUCGGUAGGAACACCGGUCCGGAUGUCCGGUCGAUCGUUUUGGUAUCGGGGCAACAAGUUGCCGGCAACUGAAGCUGCCGGAUGUUCGGUUGGUCUUAUUGGAUAAGAGAAAUAUUUAAAAUAAUAAA